AUGUCUUCACUGUUUAACCAGAACCAGAAUCCGCAAGUCAACACCGGGGGUGGAUUUUUGGGCAGCACAUAUAAUUUUUUAAAUAACCCAGGAACUGGACUAAAUAACCCACCAGGGUACCAAAACGUAGGUUUAGGCAACUUUCCACAACAGCAAGUACUUGACUCCAGGUCGUCAGUCCGCCAGCUCACGACCUUGAUUCCAGAAUGGAAGGGACAUUUUGACCUGGCGGAUGUACUAAUGACAUCGCAGGAGCAACAUUUAAACAACGUAAGCAUGAUGGUAUCACAGUUAUAUGAACUUUACUCGAAGUUUCAAACAACAUUCGAUUAUGUAAAAACAUCACUUAAUGAUAUAAACCUGCAACAAGAUAAGUUAAACGAAGAUUUGAAUGAAAGGUUGAAGUGUCAAGACCUACAGAAUCUAGUGACGAUAAAGUCAAGAAGAUUGUGUGAAAAUGUAAUUAACAAGAGAGGAACAAAUGAUAUGUCCUCAGUUUUCAGAAUACCAAACCAUAUUAACGUUCAGUUGUCAAGAGAAUUGUACGAAAGAGUACGACAGUUCAGAAGCGAAGUCGAGUAUAUCCAAAACGAGGUUCAACUUUUGAAGGAAAUCGACGUGUUUCAAGCACCAAACUUUAUAGAAUCGGUUCUAAAUAGUCAUAAAGUUAGGAUUAAAACACUAGGAGAUAUGCUGUCAAACCAUUUGAAAAGGGCUGAAAAAUCACUUAACAAGGACUUAAAAUCACAUCUUUGGUCAGGAAUUUCAUAUGAACCAAGUGUUCUGAGGUCAGAUUUCCUAAACGCAAUAGGACUUGACAAACCAAAACCACCAGAACCCGACACUUCUCAGAACUCAGAAGUUAAGAAACAGAUUCGUUACCUCAGGAACUUUAACUCUUCAUAUAAUGACCCCAACUUCCCUUACCUAAAGGAUUACGGAUACAACAUCAAGGAUUUACUCACAAACUUUGUUCCCAAUCAAAAUGUUUCACUUCAAGGCGUUAACAUGGCUACUCCUAAUACUAGUUCUUUAUUUGGUACUUCUCAAUUUGGAUCCUCAAAUUUGACUACACCCUUUGGAACAACCGCCGGAACUUCACAGCCUGGAGGUUUAUUUGGUAGUUCCCAACCUGUUACUACUCAACCAACAGGACUAUUUGGUAAUACUGGUUCUGGUUUAUUCGGUGCCAGUACUGGGCUGGGUGCUACUACUGGCCUUGGAUCAACUAGUGCCACAACUGGUACUGGAUUAUUUGGUAGUACAACCGAUCCCGGUUCAACUACUGGUAUCACAGGUUCAGGGCUAUUCGGUAGUACUACAAAUCAAACUGCAACUACACAACCCGGAGGGUUAUUUGGUUCAAAUACCGGAACAACAACCGGCACCGGUUUAUUUGGUUCUACUACUAGCCUAGGAACAACUACUGGAACUACAACUGGGUCUGGUUUGUUUGGUAGUACAUCUGGAACAACUGGAACAGGAUUUGGGAAUACAGGUAGUUCUGGAACUGGAUUGUUUGGAUCAAAUACUUCAACUACUGGAACUUCACAGCCUGGAGGAUUAUUUGGAACUACUCAAACAGGCACCACGGGUACUGGUCUAUUCGGAUCAACAACUGGUACGACUGGCUCGGGUUUAUUUGGUAAUACCACAGGCCUUGGAUCGACAACUGGAACAACAACUGGUUCGGGUUUAUUCGGUAGCACAAAUACCAGUUCCGCUUUUGGCACCACGGGUACUACAGGCACUGGGCUAUUUGGAUCAACUAAUACCACAACUGGGUCAGCAUUUGGCAAUACAAAUACUGGAACAUUUGGUGCAACUAAUACUGGGACAGGAUUUAGUUCAAGUACUACUUCAGGCCUAUUCGGCAACACCAGUACAUCUUCUGGGUUUUGUACAAACACUGGUACCAGUUUCGGUACUGGCGGAUCAAGUUUGUUUGGUAGUAACCAGCAAAAAUCAACAGGCACAGCCUUGGCUAUAUAUAAUCCCAACCCAAACACCGGUCUAGGUUCUUUUAAUAGGACUUGA